AUGUCACUAGCUAGAACGACUUUAGCUCCUUUGACGAAACGAGCGAUCUUCUCAAUUCUGAGUCGUUCAUUUAGCGGGGCUCAAGAAGCUGACAUAGUCGUCAUUGGUGCAGGUCCAGGUGGCUAUGUGGCUGCAAUUAAAGCUGCUCAGCUUGGAAUGAAGACCAUUUGUGUGGAAAAAGAUCCCACUCUCGGAGGAACCUGCCUCAAUGUUGGGUGCAUUCCGUCAAAGUCACUUCUUAACAAUUCUCAUUACUAUCAUAUGGCUCAACAUGACUUCGCCAAUCGAGCAAUUAAAGCCGCCCCUCCAGGAAUGGCCAGGGUGAUGGCAGAAAGUGAGCAUGAGAAAUUAGAUCAGAACGGAAGAAACGAUGAAUAA